AUGCAUGGCAAAUUUCACACACACUUCAUCUCCCUUCUCUUCAUCCUCAUCUUCCCUAACCUCCCCAUUUCCAUAUCCGAAAUCCGAACGAUUCGAAUCUCGUCCGAUGAUCGGGCCUUCAUCCUCCUCCAAGAUUUCGGGUUCAAAAGCCCGGGAGUCAUCUCCCUAUCCGUCUCGUCCUUUUCAAUUGACGACCCGAAUUCCUCCUCCACGCCCACUCGACUAUCCUUUAUGGGCUUCUUCUACGGGCCCAGCCCGGCCCGCUCGUCCCUCAUCCUAGCCCUGAUCAGAGGCUCCUGCAUUUUGGGUAGCCCGUUCGUUUUCCCUAUCCUGAAGCUAGAUGAAAAGCCCAUCGGGCUCAAGAAAACCGUACCCGUCACGAUCCCGGAUUUAUACUACAUUUUCUUCGUCAACUGCGCAAAAAAUUCUUCGGUCUCGAUGACCGUCGAUUUAGAGGCGUACAAUCUCGGCGAAGGCCGGCGAGACUACUCGAACGAGCAUCUCGCCGAUCUCCCGAGGGGCGUUUUCGUCUUUUCGAUCGUUUUCUUCAUUUUUGUUCUCGCAUGGUCGUACGCAUCGUCUACAAGCGCUUUCUCAACCGAAUCCACAUCUUGA